UCGUGUCCGCAGUCCGGGCUCUAGCCUCUAGUAAUAUCCGUCAAUGACUGUUAACGACAGUCGCAGUAAGUGAGUGAGUGAAUGAGUUUUCGUCAACGGUCUCGUACGCGGUGUUAGUGGCCACAUCCAUCGGAGUCACGCUGAAUGUUACAAAACGGUAUGACAUAAGAUGGAAUUCAUACUUGGCGCGACGGCCGCAAGCUGUGCCGUAUGCUUUACCAACCCGUUGGAAGUGAUCAAAACCAGAUUCCAGUUGCAGGGAGAGCUUAUGAAAGCUGGAAAAUACACGGUGCACUACCGAAACUUCUUCCAUGCAUUCUAUGUGGUGGCCAAAAACGAAGGGUUCAUUGCCCUACAAAAGGGGCUGCUGCCGGCCAUGGGACACCAGGUGUUGUUGAACGGCACCAGGUUCGGUAUUUACGACGUGGCCGAGAAGCGCAAGUGGUUGCUCAAAGAAGACGGCUCGGUAUCGUUGGCCAAGUCUGUGGGUAUCGGUGCGGCGGCCGGCACAUUGGGGGGCUUCGUGGGCAGCCCCUUAUUCCUGGUCAAAGUCCAUUUGCAAUCGUUGUCGGCCAAGAGCAUUGCGGUGGGACACCAGCACAAAACCAGAGGCACUCUGAGCGGCCUCUGGUCAAUAUACAAAGACUACGGGGUGGUCCGAGGGCUGUGGCGUGGCGCGACCGGGGCGAUGGUGCGCAUAAGCGUCGGUUCGUCGGUCCAACUGAGCACGAUGAGCCUGUUGACCGAAGCGUUUGUCAAAAACGAAAUACUCAGGAAAGAACAGAAAAUUAUGGCCACGUUCAUAUCAAGCAUGCUGGGUGGCGUGUUCAUUGCCUUUGUGAUGGCGCCGUUCGAUCUGGUGUCGACGCGACUCUACAAUCAAGCCGUCGACGUCAAAGGUCGAGGGCUCAUGUACCAUUCGUACUUAGACUGUAUGACCAAAACAUUCACACAAGAAGGCGUCCAAGGACUCUACAAAGGAAUCCUGCCGUGUUACAUGAGGCUCGGGCCACAUUUAAUGUUGAGUAUGGUCUUCUGGGACUCGUUGCGUCAGCUGCACAUAUACAUCACAACGUGAAACCACCAAGUUAUUCUUCUCUUAAAUAGUUUUUGUUAUGAUAUAUAGUGUGUUAUGUAUAAUAUAUGUUUAACAUUAAUUAUAUUACACCAUGUUUUACUUAUAUGUACUGAUUAUGUAUUACUGUGAAAUAAUUCCCUCAAAUUCAAAAGCGGCAGAUACAAGCUACAAUAAUUAGCUGGGCAUGUCGCGUCGUUGAUUAAUUAACCAAAUAUACAUAAAUGUAUGUAUGUAUUAAAUGUUAACUUUUGGUGUAAAUAAUAAAAUAAGUAAUUCAUUUUCGCA